AUGCUGGCACCACAAACUUCGCUCCCUCUGUCCAUCACAUACCCCCUUCCUUCUCGGCCCCACUUCACCUCCGGCAAGCCCAGGCACCUCUGCUCAGAAACCCCCCGGAACUCCCAUCCCAUUGGAACAUGGAGCAACGCAGUGGCAUGUGUUGGCAAGGCUCAAACCACCCAGGUAGGCCCAGGCACCUCUGACCACCAGGUGGUCACCCGGGAGCUCAACACACUCGUGCCUGCACUGCUGCUCUAUCCCUCCCCCUCCACAACACCCCUCUUCCUUCCCCCGACCACCCCACUCAGCCCCCUCACUCUCCCAUCUCAUUGCAGCAGGGAGCGAUGCAUGGUGGCGAGUGCUAGCGGGCUUGAAGGAUCAAACCCCCCAAACUCCUGUCUCAUUGGAGCAUGGAGCAACGCAGUGGCAUGUGUUGGCAAGGCUGAAGAAGGUGGGGGAGCUAUGCAGCACCUUGUGCUAACGGGGCUGAAGAAGAUCUAUUCUCUCUCCUCCCCUCCCCAUCCCCCCUCCCUCGUAGCCACCCCAUUGCACAGGGUGGAUGAGGUGGCAUGUGCUAGAGGGGUUGAAGGAGGGAGCAAUGAGGCGGCGAGUUGGGGCAGGCUGUGUGGGGCUGAUGAACAUUCUCGCCUCCCCCUCCCAACACCACCCCAUGCCCUUCCUCCUCCCCAUCCUCCUUCCCCUCCCCACUCCCCAUCCUCCUCCCGCUUUCCCAUGGGAGCACGUGCGAUGAGGAGGCGUGUGCUGGCAGGGCUGAAGGAGGUGGGGCAGGCGGUGCGCAGUGGGAGGGCCAAGUGUGUGGUGCUGGCACCUAACGUGGAGGAGGUGCCUGGGGCAGGUGAGGAGAUGGAGAGAGUGGCGGGUGAAUAA